AACAGAAACAUACUAAAUAUAGUAAUAGUAAAGUAAUGUCAGGAGCCCAAGGAACUUUGCCGCCGGGAAGCACGACGGCAACAACAUAUCAUUCCGUACCAGGGGGAGAGAACCAGAGUCGAAUGGAUAUCCACUCCAAGGAUGACGAGGGUAAGAUUCAGAUCGAUAAAAUACAAGAUAAGGUGGAGGAUUGUGCCGGUCGCGGCGGCCCUGUUUUUGGCGAUGCAGUGUCGGCCACCGUCGAAGCGCAAGAACAAGGCCGCCGCGACAAGCCGGACCCCGGUGUUACCGGCACCGGAUAGAUGGUAACUACCAGUUGCUUGAUGAUGUCAAGUGGUGUUUUGUGUGGUUAAUUUUGUCUUUACUUUGUUAGUUUCUUCUAGUGUUUAAUUAGCAGCUUAUGUACGUAUGUGUACAAGUUUCACAUCGUUGGACAUAAUAUGAUAUGGUAACAUGUUUUAAAUAGUUGUUGCUAAAA